AUGACAUAUCGGCUCCAGCCCAAGACACCAGCGCUGGUCCUGCAUUAUCGUGCAGACAUGUCGUCGUCCUCCUCCUCAUCUGCCUUCUUGGGUGCCGUGGCCGUUGGGGCGGCGGCAGGCGCCCUGGCAGGCGGCGAGAAGAGCUUCGUUGAGGAGCACGCUGCUCAGGCGCUUGCACGAGAAUUUGCUCCCAGGCGUUGGCCUCACACUGGCAUUGCGGCGCCCAGCCGCCCAACGGUAGCCGAGAAGCUGAAGCAGGCUCUUGUGGUGCCUGUGGUCGCCAUGCAGGAUGCAUCUGGCGCCCCUGCGCUGGCCGCAGCUCUGAUUGAGGGCGGGCUGACGGCCAUCGAGGUGGUCUUCCGAACCGCUGCUGCUGAGGAAGCGCUGCGGCGGAUGGCAGCAGCAGAGCCCAAUGCUUUAGUGGGCGCUGGGACGGUUCUGUCUGUGGACCAGGCAAAGAGAGCUGUCGAUGCUGGAGCCCAGUUCAUCGUGUCUCCAGGCUUGAACCCGGAGGUUGUGAACUGGUGCCUGGAAAAUGGCGUUGCAGUCAUCCCGGGUGUUGCCACACCAACAGAGGUUGAGAGCGCGAUGCGCCUCGGUCUCUCUGUGUUGAAGUUCUUCCCAGCUGAGGCCAAUGGCGGAGUGAACGCGUUAAAGGCCAUCUCGGCCCCAUACGGACAGAUCACGUGGAUGCCCACAGGUGGUGUGUCCGAGGAUAACCUCGAGAAGUACCUGAUGUUGCCGCAAGUGGCGUGCUGCGGCGGCUCCUGGAUGGUCCCACAGGACGCUGUGGCCCAGGGAAAUUGGCGAUAUGUGAAGGAUUUGUCGCAGCGCGCACGCCAGCUUGCGCAGACCAUCGCGACGAAGAAGCGUGGCAAGUGA